AUGAAGAGGGAAAACAGCAUUAAUCUGCUCAUCCGAUUGGGUCACGAAAGGGUGCGAAUUCGGCUCAGUUUUUACACAUCGAAUGAGGCUCAUAACUUGUUCGCACGGUUGGCGCAUUUUGUCCGAUCAAAGAAGGCUGGUACUGUUCCCGUGGAUCGGAUCCAUCUGCCUUCUGAUAAAGGGGGUGGUCAGCUGGAUGAACCUUUGGAAGUGGAUGGAGAAAUUGUGUGGAAUGAGAAUGAUAAUUAUCAAGAAACUGAUGAGGAAGAUGAUGAGGAAGAGGAUGAGGUUAGCGUUGACAUAGACGAACCUUUUAACCAGUCUUUGGGCAACGAAGAGACUUUAACUAAUACUGGAAAUACGAAAAAUGCUGCCCAGGCGUCCAGCUCAUCUGAUCAUCGGACUGGGCUCGGAGGCGGCCAUACUUACUUGGCUGUCAGUCGGAAAGAUCGUGGAAACUCAAAGCUGCAAGGCGGAGGUGUGACGUCGAAAGGUGUUCGGGACUGGCUUAACGGGCAUACAAGAUGCGGUCUGCCCGAGCCGACUGAGAAAAGGACAAGUAACCGAGAUGCGGGUGAGUUGAGUUGCAUCUUAGGAGCUCGUGAAGGAAAAGUGUGA